AUGGAAAUAUUGUUAUCUCUGCUUGAUGGUUUAAUACCUUUGAUACAAAGUCAAGAGGAGCCAAUUGUGAACAAACAGUCAGCAUUCAAUACUAUUGUUGUUCUAUCAAAGUUGCUGGAUGAUAACCAUAAUAUUUCUUUAAAGAAGGUGUGGUAUAUAAAACUGUUUUUAUUAACUUUUAUGAUAUUUUGAUUAAAAUUAAUAUGCUCAGUUAGACAGGGACUUACACAUUUGUUGUCUUUCUCCCAGAUAUUUUCUGUGGCAAUUGAAACAAUUUCUGGCGAUGACGUAAAGGCACAGGUAUAUGUGAAUAUGCCAUUGAUUUUUCUAUUGAUUUGAUGAUGUAAAUAUUUAGCAAGGAGUCCAGUGUAUGUAGCAUUGGAGUCCAGUGUAGGUAAUAUUCAAUGGGGCAAUUUUCCCAACUACAGCGGACCGCCAAAUAAUGUGAAAUAUCCAAAGACUUAAGAUAUGAAUGUGUAUGAUUUGGCUUUGAGUGGCAUACUGGCAUUGAAGUAUAACCUAUGGUAUACACACCUCGUAUGAGUGGACCUUAUAAUACCUUAAAUUGGCGUAUUGGGAGGCGAUCUUGGGUAGCCAACAUGGGACCACCUGUUGUUGGAAAUUUUUAUAGUUCUUUAUAAAGUGAAGAAAAAGAUAGAGAGUAAUGUAUGUGCCGUGAUAUUAGUGAGUCAGAAAUCUGUCCCUCCACUGUCACUAACCAAGAGACGUAGAUUUCAACACAGACAUCCAUUGUAGAAUGUAAUAAAUACCUUUUCAAUCGUGUUUUCUCCUUAUCACUCCAGGUUGCGUCAAGUGCAUUACACUGCCUCGCAGAGUUAUGUUCCCUCCUUAAAGUACAUUUAAUACCAUUCCUGCCUAAAUUUCUUCCUCUCGUCCUACAAAUACUGGAAUGCAAGGACGGCGAAAAGAGGUAAAGUAUGCUUGCUUCACAAAGUUAGAACAUUUCUGGGUAAUGGAUCAUUCAUGCUGUGAAGGCAAACGCGUUUUCUUUCUUUCUAGAAGUGACAUGUUGUUGCUUAAUGCUCUGACCGUUUUACAAAAGGUCAUUCAAUCUCUACCGAAUUUUGUCAGUCCAUACCUUAGGAACAUUCUCGUGCAGGUAAUUUUGAUUUUAAUAUUUGAAAUAAUUCUAGUACAGUGUAUGUUUUCAAUCUAAAUUGUAAUAGCUGCAGUCUGUGAUUCAGAAAUAGGCGUCUGUUCUCGAAAUUUACAGACAAAAUACAAAUAUAAAUUGUCGUCCGUUAGAGGCCUAAUUGGCGGUAACCACAUUUUAUUCAAAACACUGUAAAUAUAAUUUGGUAAAAACAACUUGGCCGUUAAUGGCAACAACCAGGGCGUUAAUGCUACACUCUUGAAAUAUGGUGGGAUUUUUAAGGUUAGCGUGCAGUAGUAUAUAAUUUUAUCGUUUGGGGAUUGAAAUUAUUUAUGAUUUAUCAGUGUAGGGUAAGGUAUUCUGUAUGUAUAUAUAGCAAAUGAAUGAAAAUUGCAAACUGAACUUGCUGCCUUGUGUACAAGCCUUGUUGUCUCGAAAACAAAGAUAACGUUGAAGCCUAAACUGCAUGACCUUGCCUUUUGGACGUUUAAAAUGUGAGGUCUGGAAAUAUAUAUAAUUACAGUACUUCACAUAUAUAUUUAUCCUUGUACUUCUGAUUUUUAUAAACUUAAUAUCAAUACUUCGUUUUGUUUUGUUUACAUUCAGUUGGUCUCCCCUGUAUUUGUAACAGUAAAUGAAGAUGGAUCAGUUCAGAACAAGCAGAUACUUGAUGUUGCCGUUAGUUUGAGGUAGUUUAUAGAAUAGCUGUUAUUGUAAUUGAAUACGUCUAUGCUACGGACCAGCGGUAUCUGCAUUAUUUUGACAUGGAGACGAGGCUAUAGGGUCAUGUUUGGUGUUUUUUGACCCUUUAGCCUCGUUUUCGUGCGUACUUCCACUGAGAUACCGCUGGUUCGCCGCAGCGGCGUAUUCAAUUACGAUAACAGGUAUUACCAUGUACAUGUUAACUAUAGAAUUACCAUGUACAAGUUUGACGAUAAAAUUGUUUCAAUAUCAGAAAUGGAAGAACUUGGCCCAUGUUGAUUAGUGCCAAAAUGUUGACCGCAGUGGGUCUAUGGAAUCUUGCACUCACGCUCUUCCAAUAAAAUUCACUUAAAUAUUCCUUGAUCUCUAUUAUAGAAUUGAAGUUGAAAACUACGUCAAUUCUGCAUUAAAAAUGCCUCCAAGUUUCUUAUACCUACACCAUAUAGUUUUCAUUAGUAUAAUCAUGGAUUGUAAAAUAACUGGAUAGGAAACUUCCUGACGUCACAGUCUAAACCUAGUUGCAAUCUGUGACGUCAUGUGUAUUGCGAAAAUGUUCAGCAUUUUUGUUGUUUCGCUAUAUUUUCCGCUUCAAAUAAUAUUGAAGCAUAAACUGGUCUAAUUGUUUUAAAAACAUGCCUAAGCCACGACAAAGUAUUCAAGGUAAGUGUUUUUCGUCUUUGUUUUGUAUUUUUUAACAUUUGUAGCUACAAAAUUGGCGUCGCCAAUUUUUACGAAAUUUGCGAUGCAUUUUUCAGUGUUUAGUGCUUGAAAUAUUUGCUAAAAUUGACCGGGAAUACUUAGAGAUUUCAUCGUAGAAUGGCUUAGUCAUGUUUAUUUGCUCUUUGACUAAAAUGUUUAGCUGUAUUAUCGCUAAACAUGCCGUUUUUGAGAAUUUGGUUUGCAACUAGGUUGCAACGCCAUCAUCCCAUUGAAAACAUUAGGUCACGUCAGCUAGUUUCCUAUCCAUGUAUUUUAUUAUCCAUGGUAUAAUUUACAGUAUUAAUUUUAUGUACUUUUUUCAGAGCCGACAUUGCUCUUUUAGUAAAGCCACGAAUCUUGAUUCCCAAUGUAUCUCAAUGCUAUGAGGAAAUAGUUCUGAAUAAAAACAAUGUGAGUGACAUAUUUACUUGAUUUAGCGCCGCCCAAAAUCAGAAUUAUUAAAGAGCGCUGUUGUCAAAAGAUUGCCGUAUAGUAGUGUUUAAAUUGCGUUCAUGCACACAUCGUGAUUUAUCGGGCAAAUGUUCAAUGUACUUUGAUGAUAUCUGAAAAAAGUACUUUAUCUAGGGACCAUCACCCAAUAUCAGAACAGUCUGACAAUAAAAAUUUAUAACCAGUUGAAAUUUGGAAUUUUUGGCUUUUCUACGUGCAAGUGGCGUUAAAUUAAAUCAUACCUGAUUGCAAAUUGAGAGACUUGUUGAGUCAUUUAUCGUCGUUAUCGUUGACCUAAUUAUCGGGAUAUAAACAUUUUUUACAUUAUCUAUUAUAUGAGAAUGUGAUUUCGUAAAUAUAAACAAGAUAAAGGGGUCAUGGUCUCAAUCAUGAAUACUUAAUUGGCUUGUAUGGUUGUUUUGUGGCAUAACAACAGUUGUUUGAAACUUUUUAAAAUAUUAAUUGGAACAUAAGUUAACAUAAACUUGUUUCCUUGACAGGAAUCAUUGAUUGCUUUGCACCAAGUGCUUGAUAGCUGUGUAGCAUACAUGACUAAAGAUGAUGUAAAGAAUUAUCAUAAUGAACUGUUGUCAUUAUUUAUGUCUGCCUUGGAUUAUCGUUCACAGCAUGCACAGGUAAACGCUCACUGCUUUCACUUUCGUAUCAUUCCAAAUCGCAGAUAAAUACUAGUCACCCGAAAAUUUUGGAUUAAGUCAUUCCAGAAAACCUCGAUAAAACACCAGACAUAAUAUAGGGAGCUGAUCCCUGUCUAUCUCCCAAUGGGCUGUCGUGGCGAAGACAGGAAAGUGACCGCCGUUCAUGUGUUUGAGUCUCGUGAUGGACUCAACACACUCGUUCUCACACAGGGAAUAUUUGUAGAUAUGCCUGACCACGGUGGGAAUCGAACCUACGACCUUUCGAAUACUAGCCCAAUGCUCUGCCAACUGAGCUACGCAGUCUGGUCGGUUCGUGUGAUAAUAACAUCACAAGCAUCAUAUUCACCUGAGUACAUUACACCAACACAGGAAAAAUAAAAAAAUAAAAAAAAUAUAGUCUUUCAUUCUAAUUCAAAUAUUAUUUUCAUGCAAUAUGAAUUAAUCUCUACUCUCAUUUUCAGGGCGUUUCUGAGGAAAAUUUGCUGAGAAUAGAAGAAACAAUUAUUGGGGCUUUUAUUAGUUUAAUUAUGAGGCUUUCUGAAUCUUUGUUUAGGCCGAUGUUUUUGAAGGUAAAGUUUUGUCACUUUGUAAAUUUUGCCAGUAAAAGGUGAAUAACACUCAAUAACUAUUGCGAAAAACGUUCCUAUAAGCCCCAUAUGGCAUAUAGAGGAUUGUACCACAUCCUCAAGAACACUUGUCUGACGCUCCUCCUAUUCAGUUCACUAUAUUAAGUUGUUUUCGUUACAGUUAGUUGACUGGGCAACGAGAUCUUCAGCAGCCAAGUCAAGACAGUUGGUCUUUUAUCAUUUAGCUGAUAGGUGAGAAAAAUAAAUUAUAUGAAGAAUAAGUUAUUACUCGCUGGGGCACCUGUGCCUGCACCUGUACCUGAGUAUUGGUUUCGGCAUGCAUUUGUCACGGAUAGUGGAUCGUCGAUAGCCACAAAAUAUUAAUGAGUUGCCUAAUUUUCCCCCCAAUUAUCCAUAAGGCUCCUGCCAAUUUGACCCAAAUUAUCCAUAAAUAACCCUGCAUUUUGAGGAAAAUUUGGGAUAAUUCAACAAUUUUACAAGGAAUUUCGACAUAGAAACAGCAACCUUCGCAAAUCGCAAGUUUAUCAAGUUUAUACGUUUGGCUGCGCUGCUUUAUAUUUUGAGAAGAAAGCGACACCGUUCGAUUCAGCGUAAGAAAUUGUACUUACGGAUGUCAAGUGUAUUAUUGUAACACCAGUAUUCUAGCGAUUUGUGGCCUUUGAAAAUCAAGCGAAAUUGUAUUGUUGACAAAUCGCUCGCAAGUACGUACUAUAUUUGUUGACAAAUCACUCGCACAGUCGCACUACGUUUGUCCAUGUAUUUGUAAUGCCUAAUGGCGCAAUAAGGAUAAAAAUACCACCGUUCGAUUCAGCGUAAGAAAUUGUACUCACGGAUGUCAAAUGUGUUAUUAAACAGCAAAUCGCUCAAAAUUAUUAAACUAAUCAAGGGAGCACAGCAGAACGAUAUUUGGCUAUUUAUAUAAAUAUUUUUACGUAUAUUUGUCUAAUAUUCGUACCUGUUUUCAUAGACGAUCACUUCAUUUGUUCUUUUACUGAAAAUAAACUGCCAUUUUGAGAAUAUCAUAUUCCUUCAUAUUACUAUUAUACGAAGUAGCGCAUUGGCCGGAGGCGUGCAUAAGCGCUGGCGCGGCGGCGUGAAUAAGCGCUGGCGCGGCGGGAGCUUGCGAGGCGGAGAAGGGGAUUUGGAUUCGGAUUUAUUCCUUUACUGUCAAACGAAGUUUAAUAUAAGGAACAACAGGAAAAACUGUCGCAACUAUAUACCUCACCUGAUUUUCAAAACAAUACAGCCCACGUUAGGUUUUACAAGAGUGGGAAUAAUGUUUUGUAACGAGAAACAGAAUGACAGGAAGAAAAAUGGCAGGGGUGAGGAUUUCAAGAAGUUGCGGGACGCAGGAUGAAAUAUUGUGCGGAAUACUGUAGUAAGAUAAGAGCACGUAAAUUCAGAUUUAAGAACCCUAUUUUGGACAUUCCUCUGCUAUCUGUUUCUCUCUUCCGUUCAUUAAGCUUGUGCUAAUAUUCAAUUUUCUAUCUCUUAUUCAGAAUGGCAGAGAAACUGAAAGGUCUUUUUGUGUUAUUUGCUGGAUAUCUCAUCAAAAACACCGCCAGUAUUCUAGACUCCACUAAUAUUACGAAAACAGGUACACGGAUACUCAUUUCGUACACUAUGGAACAUAUCAUAAGAGCGCUGUUAGGUUUUAUUCCGAUCUGCCAUAUAUGAUGUAGACUAGUAGCUUCACGCUGAAUAAUGAAACCUUUAAAUGCUCUUUAAUAAAACAAUGACGUUUCUUGUGGGAAUAGACAUUGUUUCUAUCUGCGACUGCCCAUUCUUGAAAAAGACCGGACACGACGUACUAUAGUUAGUGUAGUUGUAGUUGUAGUUGUAGUUGUAGUUGUAGUUGUAGUUGUAGUUGUAGUUGUAGUUGUAGUUGUAGUUGUAGUUGUAGUACACGACGUACUAUAGUUAGUAUAGUUAUAGUACACGACGUACUAUAGUUACUUACUUAAAGUGUAAAAUUAAAUAGCAAUGAAAUGACCACAUGCAUGCAUAACCAAUCUUGUUUCAUGUUAGCAUGACAAUGUGUUUAUAUCUACGACUGCUAUAAUCCUUGUAUUCGAACGACGAUAAUAAGAUAUAGUUACAUUCGUAUAUACGUGGAAAACUGGGUACAAACUUGAUAAUGGAUUUUUCGAUUUUAUUUUGCCAGGAGACUUUGUGAUAUUGUUAAAUUUUAGGAAAGAUCUCUUUUGAUUCUUGCACGAAUCUUUGUCCCAUAAGUGUCUCUCAUCUCAGCAGUGGAUAUACCCAUAUUUUAAACGGUUUACAGUGUGUGUGUGGGGGGGGGGGCAAAACCAAGAUUACGUCCCAAUGUGGGCUCCCCAGGGUAAGAUUUAGGUCACUCAAGAUUAUAGAGUCCAGUCUGAGCCACUGGCUAGUGGGUCUUGGGGGGGCAAAUCCAUGGCGCCCGGUAUAUACAGCAUGUUAAAUAUGCCUUGCAUCUCAGAGUAUGUGCAUGUCAUGUUAUUAAUUAUAAAAGGCAGUGAAGUAAAAUAUAUAAAGUUAUAUAAUUUCUAUUUCAGAAGAAAUAUUCUUCGUUGGUGAAUAUGAGGAUGAUGAGGCAAUAGAGAAAUCUUGUCAGUUACUUGGUUAUGUCUUGGAUUGCUUGUAUAAGUGCUUCCUCUAUGACAAUCAACGAUUUGUGAACAAAGAACGCUUUGAUCAAUUGCUUCAGCCCUUAGUUGAUCAGGUACAUGUAUAUCUCGUCAGAUCAUGGGAUUAAUUCCGUUAGUUUAAGUGUAUAGACAGGUAGAGCACUUUAUUUAAAGACGUUAUCACUAUAAAGCAAAUUUUCUGACCUUCAAUACAUGCAUGUAUGAUGAUACAGUAAUUGGUGGCGGAUAUAUUCCGAGAAUUAUGAGUUCAUUGAAUUUCACGUUCCAGUAAUAGGUAGGAGUGACGACUUAUUCUUAUGAAAAUUUUUCGGUUCUCUAAAGCUUUCGAAUGAAAACAAGGGCACUGCUAACCAUUCAUUGCUUAGGAAAAUUAACAUUUAACACCACUCUCGGCAAGGAAUUUUGAUAGACAGAAAAUAUCUAAUGGGCGAGAAGAAUUGUGAUUAUAUGUUAAAGAACGAUUUGUUUUGGCUCCAUGAAUUGGUUACAUCCUUGAGGUCAAGUUCAAAGACUAUUAUAUUUCCCAUGAAUGCACCUUCUAAGCUUUCAAAUUUUGUAUACACUUUUGAGAGAUGGUUUCUUUUCAAUUUAAUGAUAUUCAGGUACGAAACAAUGCAUUUCAUUAGAAUGACAAUGAAACCAAAAUAUUACAUCUGUCAAAGUGUAAAUAAACACUGAAAUGGCCAAUUUGCAUACCAAGCUGAGCAGGUCUAUUGAGCGAAUACCCUGCAUGGAUGGUAUACCGCUUGUACUAGCAAAACAAGAUCCAUUUGUUAAUAACUUACAUUUUUCUUGCAAUUAGAUUGAGAAUCAGAUUGGAGAUACCGAAGUAUUUGAUAAGAGAGUAUCUGAUCAUUUGGCUCCAUGUAUUGCACAGUUUGCAGUUGCCGCGGGUGACGAGACGUACUGGAAAACAAUGAACCAUCAGAUUUGUCUCAAAACAAGACAUUCUUCAUCUCAGGUACUGACGAUAUUUACCAUCAUAACCUAUUAAUGUCUUUUCAUAUAGACUGGAGAAAUGUUAUUUAAUAUUUUUAAACUUUCGUUUCGCCAUUUACAUGUACUUGUUUCUUGGAGGGAUACAUUGCAUUUAUCUAUAAAGCUAAUUGACCACAAACUAGCCAAUAAUAUUUAGCGUUAAGCACUAGCAAUAUAUUAUAACAAAGAAGUAUUAUUUGCCUCUUUGGAGAGAAGAAUUCCCUUAGAAAACAGAUGAACAGAUUUUGAUUAAAAUAUUGAGCUGUUGCAAGUUCUCGUAAGGCAGUAAGGACAAUAUUUGGUUUUAGGUGUGUCAACAUUUCACAGUCCCCUAUCCACAUUACAACCUGGGGUGGUGAUGAGAUUGAGUAUUUCAUAUUUGAAUGUUUUGAUAACAAAGAAUUCGUUAAAAAGAAUCACUGUUUAUAAACUUGAAAUUAAAAUCGCAAAGGAUUGCGGAAAAUCAACAUUUACAAUUUGACGUACAUGCAUGCAGGAUGCGAUAAUUACCAUACAGUAUGAGAACUUUCCAAGGUAUUCAAAACUGUAAUUAAGUAUAGCUAUAUUUGUAUGACAUGUUUAAUUGGCAUUAUUGAACUGAUGGGAUUAAGGAAUGUUGGAGUGAACCGUGUGUGUUUUUCUAUGCAUUCUGUUCUUGUUUCAACUCAUAGUUUCAGAUUACUGAAUGAAUACAGUAAAACCCCACAUAUAAGAACCUAGAAUUUAAGAACUUGUUAGGCUAAAAUAUUUUAUUUAGACCCCGCCCUUUAAAUAAGAACCUGUUCAGGCUAGAAUUUCAAAACAGAUUCUUAUAUUAUCAAAUAGAGUCAAAAUUAAGUCAUAAGUCACAAUCAGUGUAGCUUUAAAGUGCAUAUAGAGUUGGUAUACUGCAUAUACUGUCAUUUUUUAGAUCAUUUCUGCAUAAUUUAUAUAAACCAUAUACCAUACCUCCCUAAAAUGAGUCGCUUUUCUCUUACGAAAAUAAGAACCUAUUUAAGAACCUUUUUAGCCUAAUUUCCUGGUAAGCACCAUUUACAUAAGAACCUGUUUCAGACUAACUCUAGGUUCUUAUAUGCGGGGUUUUACUGUACCUUUAAGAAACUGACUGUGUUUGUUUUUAAUCUUACAAACUAAGCCUUGAGUCCAGGGUUUGCAGCACCUCAAAUACGUGGAAAUAAUCAUUGGAGUACCAGUGAAGUACAACUAUAAGAAUCUGGAUUUUUCGCACCCUGAAUUUGAUGAACACAAAAUCGAUUCUAUUUGUUUUCACUCGACUUAUCAAAUAGGCGUGUAGAGAAUACAAUAUUAUCUCUUUCUAUUUUUCAGGUCCGUUUAGCUGCGUUGAAAGUGGUGCAAGAAUUAAAUCAUAAACUUGGAGAGGAAUACCUCGCUUUGUUGCCAGAAAUUGUUCCUUUUCUUGCAGAACUCAUGGAAGGUACAUAUUUUAUUGCAUUUAAGGUGGCUCCGUAUAGUUAUUUUAUAAGAAGCCUGGUAACGAAGUCUUGACGUUAGCAGAAAAAAAAACAAUGCACUCGUCCGAUUCUAAUACCAAUCAUAUACAUGAAAAAAUUUCUCAAUUCUUGUUGGCUAAGAGCAGUGCAAUUUUUUCGAAAUACAGUACCAAAAAAUGAAAUACAGUGCAAAAAAUGAAAUACAGUGCAAAUUUUUAGGCUUUCUGAUUGACUUAAAGAAUGAAACAAUAACAAAGAUAGCCAAUAAGAUACAGCAAUUUCCAGCAGAAAUAAUACAAAAAAAAACAUUAGGAAUGACUGCAUAAUUUUUUCAUGUAUACUUUGUUAUUAAUAAGUAAUGGUAUGGUUUCUCGUGCAAUUUGAAAAAACAUACACUCGUGAGUUUUUCAAAGAUUUCAAUUUUGAUAGUCUUUGAAAAACUCACUCGUGCACGCAUGUUUUUUUCCAAAUUGCACUCGAAACAUGCGUACUAUUACCUAUACAAAUAAACACGCGCGCGUUUCGCGUGAUAAACUUCACGCAUUCGUAAAUAUUGAUCAUAUCGAAUCGAUAUUUUGUCACGGCAAUAGCGACUGCGCGAGAAUUUCUUGAAAAUUUGUAAAUUGAACGAAUACAACAAGCUUGCCAACAGAUCAAACGUUUUGAAAACAGUGAAUUAUGUAGUGAAUAAUCUGCCUUGAUAGCCUUAUUCCAGGGCCGUCCACUGCUUGCGUCGGAACCCGCGCGUCUGCGUUGAAGCCUGGGGACGCGGCUGGCCUUAUUCGAUAUUCACAUAUGUUUAGAAUAUCAAAAAUUUACUCGCUGAGAAAUUUUGGGAAAUGCCUUGAUAGCCUUAUUCCAUAUUCACAUAUGUUUAGAAUAUCAAAAAUUUACUUGCUUAGAAAUUUUGGGAAAACCCGUAUCACGUAUGCUCAAAUAGAAGCUAAAGUAUGAAUGUCAUUGUUACCAUGACAACGCAAUAUGUGUAUAAUCGUUUAUCCUUUUUUAUCCAUGCCUCCAAGAUUCGGUUUAUAGAGUAAUACAUCCCACUUAGUCAUGACCACAUAAAAUUACUUGCGGAUAUUAGAACAAUAGGGAGCCACCUUAAAGCGAAUGGCAGUAAGAUGUAUAUGCGAAUUUUUGUCACAGUGAUAUGUUUUGUUGGAACAGAUAUCUUGAAUAAGGUUAGGGUUCCAAUUUCACUCAAGUUAAGUAGGUUUCAGUUUAAAAAUGAAUAAAAGAGCCCAGCAAACCACGCAUACUUGGUAAAAAUGAAAUUUAACUAUAAUUAAUAGCUAACUUUAUUAGCUAACUUUAUUAGCUAACUAGUUUCGUUGUUUACUGUACAACAUGUACUGAAUGAACUGGAUUUUACAUGGAAUGCUAUCUAUAUAAUUAUAUAUUUACAUUUAUUUCAAGUGUUGAACGUGACCUAAAUCCGACACCUACACAUCUCCAUAUCGCACACGACGAAUACGUGCAUGGCAACAUUUCAGAGUUCAGUAACGACUAGAAUAAAUAUAGACGUAACGUUUUGCAAUACGUUGCGAAUGCAGUCAACAAUAAAAUAAUAUGGAAACAUCCGAUUUUCGUGAAUUGGUAUUUUGCUAGAUCAAAGUCCGAUAGAUAAAAAUGCUUUUAUAUACUUCGAUUCGUAAACUAUAACCAGACUCAUUUCAGUUGGAACUGGUUGGGAAUAAACUAAGUUACCCAUGUUAUUUCAUUAAAGCCUGGUUCACAGUCUUCACACAAUGAAUUGGCUCGGCGGUUUUCUCUUUCUGACCGGACAGUCACAUGGACGUACGACUCAAGUAUAUAUAAGAACUAUAUAUAUACUUUUAAUACAAAUGCAAGAGAUUGCUUGACUUUACAGUGAUAAUAAUUAUUUUAGACGAAUCGUUCGAGGUGGAACAAAAAUGUCAGCAAGUGAUCAGUGAAAUGGAGGAAGUCCUUGGGGAAUCACUUCAAAAAUAUUUCUAACAAUGUGUGAUCAUGGUUCUGUAUUUCUCAUCAACACACCAUGACGGUAAGAUAUCGUUAUACUUAGUUGACCUGGUGUGUGGAGUUAAAUCACUAUUUAAAAUGCUAUCAAGCCAAAGACCAUCCGUUGAGUAAUGUUGAGCAUUUCAGAGAACAACUGGAUUAUAUGUACCACAUAAUUGUACAUGGAUGGUGCACACUAUACCGUAUAGUUUGUAUUUCUGUUUUAUCGAUUAACAAACAGCUGGAUAAUCUAAACUCUUUCGCUUGUUAAUGAAAUGUGACAUUAAGUAUGGCAGUUUAAAUACCAUCAAAUUAAUUGAAGUAAUCUAAAUGAACAUUUGAAACAGAACCUAUAUUUGGGAUGACAAUACAUACAACGUAAACACUUGGAAAUUGAGGCGGAUAAUCCUCUUACAACAUAAUAUCUUAUAAUCUGCCAUAAUCUGCCUUGUUUAUAGCCAAAUAAGCAUGUUACAAAUAUGUUCUGGACUUAUGAAACUGCGUGAUAUUUUGAGGACCGCGUGGAUGCUUCCUUUCGCCCGAGAAAUCAUGUCAUGUUUUCGUGUCAAAAUAUACAAGAAUGCCACUACAUUUCUAUGCCUAUUCUCCAUUCCGAGUUCACGUCAUCAAUUUUUCAUCUCACUAUCUACAGAUCUUUGCCAAAAAUGGACCUUAUAGUGAAAUCUUCAUUUUGUUUUUACCAUGAAAAAAUUUUACCGCAGCGGGAAUUCCAUACAAAUGAAAUGUAUAAUACAAAAAACAACAUUUUCAAAACGCCGUAAACUGUCGGAGAAUUAUUGUUAAGAUGUGAAACUGUUGUUAGUUAUGAUGUUUGUGUGCGUCCACACCGGACAAGCUGAAAAAAAUUUUCCUGACAACGGUGGGAAUCGAACCCGCGACCUUUGGGAUAGUAGUCCAAUGCUCUACCAACUGAGCUACGAGGUCAAGUCGGUUCGAGUUGGUGAUAUUUCGAACCGACUUCACCUCGUAGCUUAAUUGGUAGAGCAUUGGACUAAUAUCCCAAAGGUCGCGGGUUCGAUUCCCACCGUGGUCAGGCAAACUUUUCAGCUUGCCUGGUGUGGAUGCACAGUCAAAGUAACACCACAAACAUCUUAUUCACCUGAGUACAUAACACCAACACACACAAAAUGUUUUUAGUUAUGUCAAUAUCAUUUCUCGCGUACCAAUCAGACGUCGCCAUUCGCACGAUCAGAUCAUAGAUAUCUUAUAAGUUAUAUACACUAGAUAGUGCAUCUAAUUAUUCUGUAAUUCAACAAUUGAAGCCGUGAUUGCAGACUCAGGAUAUUCCCAUGAAAUGAGAAGACUCGUAUGUUUUCUACCUAUUCCAAAUACAUUUUCAAACUAUUCAAAUGAUGAAAGUUAUUGUUGUUUUUUAAGCGUUUAUUAGCGAGUGGGAAACUUCAACAUGGCCGCCAUCUAUUCAAAUGGGGGUAACCGCUGGAAUAUUCUUGGCUUCAAUUUACUAAAAGAGAUGCGCUAUCUAGUGUAUAUAAGAUAUCUAUGGAUCAGACCUGGAGAAAAAUGGGAUCUCGGGAUCCUGGAUCCUGAGGAACAUUUGCCUUAGCAACAAGAUUGAGGAACAUUUUGAAUUUUUCACGCGUACUUUAAGGGAGAAUUUUAAGGAAUCAUAUUUAGAUAUCUGCCAUUUGAGUCUGUUUUGAGAUUGCGAAGUGUUCUUUAUAUCCUGUUGAUAGAAUUUCAAGAUUGUUUUGUGUCCUCAGCAAUUUUACAACCAAUAUAAUUGAGGAACAUUUGAAAAAGGCAAAUUCAGGAUCCGAGGAACAUUGAACACUUUUUCCAAGUCUGCCCACGAUGUCAUUUCACGACGUUAGGAAUGUGGUCGCAUUCCUAAAUGUUUUGACGCGAAAAGAUCGCACGUUUUUUCAGCGAGACGAAGGAUCCACGGGGUGUUGGGUAAUACCAUGCACAAUAUGUCUUUUCAACCGAGAAAGGUUCUUAGGUUCUUAUAGUAGCAAUCAUAGGAAACACCUUGUCGUGCUGUUGAGUGGAAGGUACUGUUAUUCUCUUAAUAAACGAUUUUGGAUAACAUCCAACGAACAAUCAAACAUUUGUACAAUGUGCACCUGUUAAAAAUAAAACCUCCAAAUUUUUC